CGACGGCGUGGACCUCUUGUACCAGAGUUCAUAGCCAGCUCGGAGUACAACCUGUCUAGUCUGGGUUGUCUUCAGGUGAUGGCAGGAAGCUGGAGCGUCUAUUUAGCGUCUAAGACUGUUCGGCAUCUCUUAAAAGAGCCGUUAUGUCUGAUAUCACUCACAAGUGCUGCAGAGCGACUGUGACCUUGAGGUCAAAGAGAGGACGGUCUCAAAAAUGCUUGUUCACCCGAGUGGGCUUAUGAAGUGAACGGCAAAGACUAACUAGAUCAGGAAGUGAUUCCUGUUUUCAUCAACUUUUAUGAAUUUUGCAAAUCAGAAUUUGACACGUUUAAAAGGCAUUACCAAAAUACCUCAGAAAUCACACCUUCUCUCAGAUAUUUACUCUUAGUGUGAAGUGGAAAAGUCUUUUUAGACAUUCAUGUGAAGUGAAUGUUAAAAUCUUUAAAUUAAUCUUAUGAUAUAUGAGUAUACUGAUAGAUUAACUUGUUAAAUCAUACUGAUCUGGUGUAAUUUAAGAUCUGAAAUGAAUCAUUGCAGGAAAAUAUUCAUUUUAACACAUCAUUGAUUAAUGCACACAUUAUUCAAACUCUGGGAUUUAACAAGAGAUGAUAAUAUGACUCUUAUGCAACAAGUUAUAAAAAGUAAUUUAUGAUUCCAGGAAGAGGAACUUUAUUCAGAGUGAGGGUGCAGAAAGUCUCUCUUCUGCACGACUUUUGUUCCAGCCAAGCUAAGGGUACUAGUUUCAUUAUGCCUCCUUUAUCCUUUAGUGACAAGGCCUUGUGCAGCACUUGGGAUGUUUGUGUCUACAAAUGAAAAAGUUAAUUUCUGGUCAUUUUUAAUUAAAAAACUUGGCCUUUGGCACGUUACAAGUAAUGUCAGUGGUUGCAUCAAAUUAAACUGACAUAAUUUGUAUUUGUACUUCAUAACUGUGCAUGUCUUUGUGCAUUGUUGAAUGUUAAUUCUUUGAAUGAAUUUUCUGACAACAAACACGGCCAGGUAAUGACCACCAGGGGUCGCCACCAGGUGGGACUCUUGACUGCAGAGGACCCGAUCGCAGAGGAAAGAUAUUAUAGCACACGAUCAAAGCUAUUUUAGAGCAUAUUUGCUGCUUCCUCUUGUGCUUCGUCUGGCUUCAUGUAGAAAAGGUACGUAAACGAGGAGAUUUGAGGACAUUGGAUCUCUCACACAAGGCGCUUCGCCGCUUAACCGAAUUGCCUCCACGCCUGUCCUUUCCCGAGCAUCUAGCUGAUCACACCCACAGCGGAGCAUCAGGGCGAAGCAUCGCUGGAGGCGGAGGUCGGAUCUAUCGUCCCAUUUCAGCAGAUGCGUGUCCACAAACGGAGGAGGCUGCAGCAUUAAAGAGGAGAGCUGGAACAGCGAGGAUGACGGAGGAGUGCGUCAGUCAGUAAAGGUGAAGGAGGACAGGCAGCUCGGAGGAGAUUGCUCCUGCAGCAAAGGGAGGUGAUGCUGGUCGCCAUGGGCGGACGGGGACUGAGCAGACUUCGCUUUGGAAAGCGAGGGAGCAGGCUCCUGCCGAUCCUGUGCGCGCUAAUGGCGUGCGCAGCCCUGCUGGCGCUGCUCUUCGUGGAUCUCAUCGAGUCGUGGGUCACCGCGAUGGGCAUGAGCGCGCUGCAGCCGCACGCGGGCAUCAUCCCUCCACAGAUCUUGCCCGCCACCAGACCCGAGGAGUUCCUUCUGAUGCCCAGCCCGCUCGUGUGCCAGCGGGCCAAGCCUUACCUCAUCACCAUGGUUACCUCUGCUUCUGCGAAUCAGCGGGCCCGCCAAGCCAUCCGGGACACUUGGGGAGGACAGGUGGAGGUGAGAGGCCUGCGGGUCAUGACCCUUUUCAUCGUGGGAGUGGCGACUGACCCCGGAUUGGGUAAACUGCUUAUAGAGGAAGCCAGAGAGAAAGGAGACCUCAUCCAGGGGCGGUUUUUGGACACCUACUCCAACCUGACUCUGAAAACUCUGGCCCUGCUGGGCUGGGCCCGCAGGUUCUGCCCUCAGGCUCACUUCAUGGCCAAAGUGGAUGAUGAUGUCCUGUUCAAUCCCAGUGCUCUCUUGCACUUCUUGAACAAAAGCCACAACCCAUAUGAACAAGGGGAUUUGUACCUCGGAAGGGUGCAUCUCCACGUGGCUCCAGAUCGAGACCCGGACAGCAAGCACUAUCUCCCUUCAGGGGCCUACCCUUCAUCCGUCUUUCCAGACUAUUGCAGUGGCACCGCUUAUGUUCUGUCCCACUCUGCGUUGCUCAAAAUCUCCCUCGCAGCCUCUGCAUCUCCGCUAUCCACACCUCUGCCCCCUGAGGAUGUUUUUGUAGGACUGUGUGCCAAGGCUGCAGGAGUUCUGCCCUCGCAUUGCCCUCUUUUCUCUGGCGGCCCAGCUGUGCCGUAUGGACGCUGCUGCUAUCAGACCAUGGUGUCCAUCCAUAAAGUCUCACCCAGGGAAAUGAUGCAGUAUUGGACUGAUGUCCACUCACCCCCACCCUGCACCUGGCUGAGCCAGCGGGCAUCUUUGGGAAUGUGCAAAGUCAGAGCAAUGCUGGGCUUGGCCCUGGGCCUGGCGUAGGGCUGAGAGGGAAGCACAAAGCCUCACUUCACCAUGAACCCCACAAGUGCUCUUCAGGCUGCAAAGCUACUGAGAACAUGUCUUGCAAUUCUUUAAGAGCUUUAUUUUUUUACAAGAAUGAAUUCAGCUUGUUAUUUUUCUUUUUUUUUCCCCAGACAAGAAGCAGGAACUCAACUGGUUGUUUGCAACAAUCAGAAUUAUUUGCAUAACUGUUGAACAUAAAGGUGCAAGGCAAACCGCUCAUCUGCUAACCUGAAACCCAUCGAUGGGACUGGGGCUUUCUGACGAGCUAAAUCUGGUGUUCACGAGCUUCAAAACUCCUAAAAUAGUUCUAUAAAAGUUAAGAUUUAUUUGCAGUCUGUGCGUUUUCCUUUACCGGAGACGAUAAACAUGCAGAGCCUGCUAAAGCAAAAACAAGCACGUAGAACACUAAACAUACUACAGCUGUAGCUUAACUUCACUUUAAAAUGAUUAGUUAGAUCACUUAGAGUUAGUCAAGUUCAACACCAGGAGGUGUCUGGUUUUUAUACGCCAAGAUAAUAAAAAAUAUAUAUCAUAUUGACUGAAAACCAAACGGGUUGCUAAACCGCCCUGGAGCGACGGAUCUAGAGCAUCUUCUCACCAGAGUUGUACAGAUUUCUUUACAGGAGGUCGCCUAACCACCCGUAAGGAAAGUUGACAUCUGCGUGCACGUUUAGAUCAUCAGACCCUAGUAGUUUCUUGUAUUUAGGUGUUAGAAACCACGGAUGAUACUGCAGGAUGCUCCGACCUGUUUAAGAGUUUCAUUAGAAAUGUAUCUGGUCACCUGCUUGCAUUAAAACACAACAGAUGCUUCUCAGUUGGUGGGUUUAAGUCUAUCACCAGACUGGUUAGUCUAUGCAUACACGCAUGCCUUCAGAAAAUACCAAUAGAUGCCAGACGAGAGUAAUUAUUUAUCUCAGCUAAUAGAGAAGUUUAAUGGAAAUCAGCAAUAAAUUAUGGCCUCAGCACAAAACUAUAAUGAAGUGCUGUAGGAGUAAUAUGUGACCACCCAGCUCCUGUUUGUGGUUGGAUUAGAGGAAAAACAGCUGCACUACUAAUGACUGUUUCUAAAACUGUUAAAAGGCAAAUAUUCCAUAUUUGUGUUUGUCAAGUUUGUGUGUUCACACUCAGGGAAUGCAUGAGUCAAACUCAAGAAAUGAAUAAAGGAACUGUGAGAAGAAAA